GUUCGAGGGUAUUUGCAAGGUCGAGCGGAUCGUAGCAAAACAGGUCAACUUUCCGAGGGGUGGGAGGGAGUGACCGAUCGUUGGUAAUUGCGGAGAGGAAAAGCGCGGUGGAAGCGACAAAAACCGAAGAAAAACAAGCAAAAUCGCUCACAGCUGCUGAAAUAAUUCUCUCGUGACUAUUGGGUCAUCAAUGGCCGUCGUAUCCUUUAGCACGAAAAUGUUAGGAACUGAAUUUUUUUUUUUUUCGUUUUUUUCCUUUUUUGUUAUGUUUGUCUUUCGCUUCUCAAAACCCCUGGGGGCAUCAGAAGAGGGCAGGGAAGGGAGAACUCGGGAAAAAGAAAAUGGAGUGCGGGAAAAAUUGAAGAACAAGAGAAGGAAGCAAAGGAAAAUAAACGGAGCUUUAACACGGGUAGAAGAAGAUAAGGGAAAAAGGGCAAAAAGGGAAAAGGAAACGAGCUGCCACUACCUGGGAUGGAUAAGCAGUGCCCAAGGCUUUUUGACGGCCGAACAGAGAGAGAGAGAGGGAGAGAAGAGGAUGGGAGGAGUGAGGGGGAAAGGAGGGAAAACGAGGAACGAGCAAGUAGCAGGAGGUGGUCCAGGAGGAGGAACACCAAAGGAAUCUCACUCUUUGGGUGGUGCUGCUGCUGCUGCGGCUGCUGCUUAUUGCUGCUUGUUGCUGCUGGGGGGGAAAAGGAAGAAAGGGAAAGGGAAAGGCACGCCCGCCAAAACGGCACGCAGAGAGAAAAGCCGGCAACACCGCGACCGCUUAGUCGGGUCGGGUCUGGUCUGGUCUUUUUUUCCCUGCUCUUCCGCGAAUCCACACCCCAAAGGAAGGGAGAAGAGGGGGAAAAAUAAAAAAGAUCGAUGGGGAUGGGCUGAACGCACUCUGCUGCACUGCACUGGAUAGAUCGUGCGGGAAAUGUGAUGGAGAGAAAGCAACGAGAGAGUGAGGCUUGCCCCCAAAGUCAGGAACACCCGAUCUGACUCCCUCAGUAAUUCUCCAACAAUAGAUGAAACUGUCAGAGGGAUGUUGGAGGUGGUAGGGGGACAAUAGCCAGGAAUGUUAAAUAAGGGCCACCCUACCCGAAUCGGAUGCUGAAUGGGUAGUAG